AUGCCCAACAAAGCACAAGAGGACGCUGUAAUCAACCUGAAGACGCUGCAGGACAUUUCCAGUCAGCUCUGCUUUGAGUGGACAGUUCUGGCAUAUGAGCUCGGCUUCAGCAGAGCUGAAAUAGGCCGGUUCCACACCAGAUCCACAGAGAAGACCGUGCAGGCCAGGACCAUGUUGGAAAGCUGGUAUGAGAAGUCAUGGGACAAGCCAAAUAAGACCAAAUUGUUGCAAGAUGGACUGGAGCGAGCAGGCAGGUGGGACCUGGCUGAGAAACUGCGCUGUCUCCAUUGGGGUCAUCAGAAGUUGAGUAAAAGAGUGGAGCUUCCUUCUGCAUUCCCCUUCAUCGUCACCGUCCAUAAGACCAUUCGAAACCAAGACGCUCUGAGCAGAAUCAAUGACUUGGGUCGCCGAUUUACCUAA